AUGCCGGCUGAAGAGCUGUCCGACGACUAUGUUGCAGAACUUCUCAAAAAGGAUGCCAAAAGCAGUUCCUCCAGAUACGCAGUCAUGGGGUUGGGCGCGUUGUUGCCCAGAAGAACGGGACAAGCCCCAAAACCCAACACCAGGUUCUUGCGCAACAUCCUCCGCGAGACGGACAGCCACAAUGCGGCGUUAUUAGCGAAGGAGGCAGAAGACUCAAGAGCGAGGCUGAAGGCGCUGCGUAAAGAAGGAGCAGGAAAGCCACAACAAGGCCUUCGUGAUUGCCGAAUUGCGAAGCCGAGGACAGGGAUCGUCAGCGAAGGCACCGCGGCAGCGGCUCGAAACGGCAUCGGUCUGGUUGGGACGAAUCUACAGGCCGCGAGCGUCUCAGCCACCGGAGAUCAGGGGGCGAGGACGGUGAGCGCGCGGAGCAUGGGUCACGGCGAAGGCAUAGAAGCCGUAGGAAGCACAGUAGCGAUGAUGAGAGUGGUCGGGCGCGCAGUCCUCGGCGCCAGCAUAGGAGUCGAAGAGAGGAGCACACCAGCAGCUCAGACGAAGCGUACGCCGAACGGAAAGAGAAAUCACACCAUAAACACAGACGCCGCAGAUCACGAACUCGAAGCUCAUCACGAUCCAGGUCACCAGAUCGACGUAGAAAUCAGCGGUCCUACCACAAGGACAGAGAGAGAUCGCCAUCACCCAGAUCUCGAUCGACCAAGAGAUCCAAAGAGCCGCGCCAAAGGGGGGACCGAGAACAUGACCUCCAUACUCGGAACAGCGUUACAAACGGCAAGCAAGGAGCAUCAACACCAAGGUCUCCAUCGCCAGGAGCAGCCUACGAUUCAGACCCACUGGAAGCUCUCGUAG